AUGUUGAGAACAGUUGACUCGUUAAAUAAUGUUCAAAUAUAUCCCAUCAUUUCAAAUCUUGUACAACAAAAUUAUUUCAGAUAUUUUAAAAUUAAUUUCAAACGUUCCUGUCCAUUUUGGUCUGAUGAUGGACGAUGUGUCCUCAAAAACUGUCAUGUGGAACAAUGCACAGAGGGUCAACCUAUAGCUGGUAAUGGACAGAUCGACUGUGAUCCUGUCAGUGAAGAAGAACGUAGACUUAGUAGUGUUGUUGAUGUCAUAAGUCCAAAUCAAGUCAAAGAAUUUGCACAAUGGGCUCUCCAUGACGAUGAUUUCUGCCAUUUGGAAGGUAAAGGCCAAAUAUUAGAUAUUAGACCACACCCCUCAUUUCAUUUAGAUGACUUGUCUGUUGAUGCUACUUACGUUGAUUUAGUGGUCAAUCGACGAUAUACAGGUUAUUCUGGCCACUCCCCUCAUCGUAUCUUCAGCUAUUUUAAUGAGAACUGUUUCAAAAUAGGAAAUGUCUUUAAUCUUCAAGAUUCUUGUCUGGAAAAGAGAGCGUUUUUUCGUCUCAUAUCUGGCAUUCACUCGAGUAUCAAUAUUCAUCUCUGCCAAGAGGAAUUUCGAGCUCAUUUUUUAAAUAUAUCUCGUAUAAUGGAUUGUGUAGGUUGUGAUAAAUGUCGUCUUUGGGGUACAUUACAAAUACAAGGCGUUGGUACAGCAUUAAAAAUAUUAUUUAACAAUAAAAAUACUUCUCAGUUACAAUUGACUCGUCAAGAAAUUGUGGCUCUUUUUAAUGUUCUAGGAAAGUUAUCAGAUAGUAUAAAAUUUUUAGAAGAAUUCAAAAAUAUGCAGCCAUCACAGGGAUAUUUUGACGUUGACGCUCACUCUAAUAAGAUAAUAAACUUGGUAGAUUACCUUUACCAACGAUGUCUAGCAGUUAAAGAAGAAAAGGAUAUUACUUACCCCACUCUUUUCCUAAAGUUGUAG